GGUCAACUCGAUGUUUGCUCAAAUUUCCAAGUAGUCACUUAUUAACCAGUGAGAAACCCAAAAGAUGAAGAAUUUUACUGCUCCACUCACAAACCCCCCAAAUUGCACCUGCUUAGCUUCAUCAUUUAAGUCUUCUGAGUGUCACGUUUAGGAAAGAGGGUUCUGACAUGAGAGGACCUCACGUCUUCCCGAGCUGACCACUCAGGCUCUGACAAUCUGGAUCAAUGUAUUUCUGUUUAAUGCGCAUUUCAGAGACGGUACACACUUCAAAAUAACAACAAAGGAAGAUUUAUACAAACAAUUCAAAUCACUGAGACACCAGAAACAAGCUGCGUCAGUAACAUACAAGCACACACACACUGUUAGAGAUGAUGAUGUCCUGUCGUUUGCGUCCCUCACUCCCUCAUCUCUUGUCGCUGAGGCUACUGAGUACUGCGGCCUCCAGGACGGUGGAGGUCAAGCAGCCCGACCUUCUGUCAACGCCUCUGGCUUUUGAGGAUCCCAGUGCCUUCAGGGUGAAGAGUUUGGGUGAGCUGCUCCGUGCUCUGGGUAUCUUCCACCUCUGCUCCUUCCCUGCACUGGUUAACAACUGUGGGAAGUUGAUGUCUGCAUCACGCACCCUCCUGGGGAAGAGGGGGUUUUCCUUGCUGCUGCGGCCCACUGUGUAUGCCCAGUUUGUGGCCGGAGAGAACGAGAUUGAGAUCUCUCAGUCCAUGGAGAAGAUGAGCUCGCUGGGACUCAGGCCCAUGCUGGCAGUACCAAUCGAGGAGGAUCUGGGAGAAAGCACUGGAGAGAAGAGAUAUGAGGACAAUAUGGAGGCCAUGUUGGAAUGUGUACGAAUGUCCCACAGCAACGCUUGGAGUAAAGACCCGAUGAUGCAGCUGAAGAUCACAGCCCUGCUCAGCCCGGAGCUGUGUGUGAAACUCACGACCCUCAUCGCACAACAACCAUACGACCUGAAUCUCCUUGUCAGAGCUAUGGAUGGAGAGCCAAUCAGCUUCCUUGGUUUAGAUGAAAGAGAAGUUGCCCAUUUCCUCUGUGGCCUGCAGAGACUCAACACAAUAGCAGAGGCAAGUGUGAACAAAGUCAGAGUCCUGGUUGAUGCCGAGUACACAUACAUGAACCCCGCCCUCUCUCUUGUCACAAUGGCGAUGAUGAAGAAGUUUAACAAAGAUGGCGCCUGGAUUUGGAACACAUAUCAGUGUUACCUGAAGGAGUCCAGGUCCCUCCUGUUAGAAGCUCUGCGUCUGUCCCAGGAUGAGAGUUUCUGUCUGGGGGUCAAGCUGGUAAGAGGAGCAUACAUGGACAAAGAGAGGAGGCUGGCAGAGAAAGAGGGUCGUCUAGAUCCGGUCCACCAGUGCUGGGAAGACACCAAUGACAGUUACAACAGCUUGCUGGAUGUGAUGCUGGAAGUCAUAUCACAGAGACCUGAGCGCUACAAGAUCAUAGUCGCCUCUCACAACGAGGAGUCAGUGAGACGAGCUGCCAAACGUAUGGAGGAGUUGGGGAUUGACAAAGAUGGAGGCUCAGUGUGUUUCGGCCAGCUGCUGGGCAUGUGUGAUCACGUCUCCCUCACACUGGCUAAGGAGGGUUAUGCCGUAUACAAGUCAGUGCCGUAUGGCUCAGUGGAAGACACACUGCCCUACCUGGUGCGUAGGGCUCAGGAGAACCGCACCGUGUUGCAGGGAAUCCGCAAAGAGAGGGACCUGCUUAGGCAAGAGCUCUACAGGAGACUGAGUCUGAGGGGAGGCAGCUAAUAGGCCACCAGCCCAGAGGGAAAUCAGAGAAGAGGCACUGGUGUGGUCACAUUAAGGCUCCCAAUCAGGAAAUGAUGAAGAAUAAGGAAGACACAUGAGAACACUGUUGGGCAAAUGAACAACAUUAAAGUUUAAUUUCAUGUAGGCUUACACUUACACUAUCUGUGAAGUGUUUAUAUGAAAGUUAUAAAAUAAAUUUACUUGCAAUUGGUAAA